AUAUGGGUGGGUGGUUCUGUGCGGCCUUCGUCCUUGUGACUCACAUUGCACAAUUUGCGCUACUCUCUCUCUCUCUCUCUCUCUCUCCCAAAUGGUUACCUUCUUCCAGUUCGACGCUGCCGCCGGCGAUUCGCCGGUUUCUGCCGAAUCCUGCCGAAAAUGACUUUGUAAAUAUCGAUUAUUUCCGAGCCGCGGGUGGGGAGUUUUGUCAAUGAAAAAAACAAUGAAGGAGAUAUAGAGGAAAUCUUCGUCUUCUCCGCGGCAAUCUGGCGUCGCCUCGGUCUUGAGAUUCUUCGACGUCGUUGGUGUUGAGUUUUUUAUGCGUUUUCUUGUUACUUUCCUGUUGUUUUUUUUUUCUUGUCGUCCUGUUGAGUUUGAAUUUUCUAGGCACGCUGUUCGAGUCGUUUUCGUGUUGAACUGGUUCGAAGUUUGACCUAAAUCUGCUCUCGUAUGUUAUAUAUGUACUCUGGGAGAUUUGAUUGAGUCGAAACAGCUCGUUGCUUCAGCUGUUUACCUUUUCUAAAUUGAAAAUUUUUUACAAAUUAAGUUGAUCGGUUUCCACGGGAAUCGGAUUCGUUUCAUCGAGUCACUCAUAGGGAGUCUUUAGAUCAGUUGUUAUCCGUAGUUCGAUUUUUGGUCACAAGGAGCAAAAUUGUUGUUUCAUUUUUUUUUCCACAUUUUGACUUGGAGAAUUGAUUCAACUUCGUAGUUGAACCCGAGAAAUUCAUUUUUAUUCAAAAGAAAAAUAUUGGGAGAAUUUUUUCCCUUCUUUGGCGGGGAUUGACCGUGAGAGCUUACAGUAAAAAAGAGAGGGGUUGAUUGAUCUUGGAAGAUGUAUUGAGCAAGAAGUGUGGCAUGUUGGGUAUUUUAAAAUGGAGGCAACGGCAAGAAACGAGAAGGAGCAGUGGCAAUCCCGGGGGCGUGGGUGCAAUCCGGUUAGGAAACCGGGGCCAGUAUCCAUGGAUCAUGUUCUUCUGGCAUUGCGGGAGACCAAGGAAGAGAGGGAGCUCAGAAUUCGCAGUCUCUUCAAUUUCUUUGAUGCAAAAAAUGCUGGGUACUUGGAUUAUGCCCAGAUUGAGACUGGUCUCUCUGCUCUCUCUAUACCUGCAGAAUACAAGUAUGCUAAGGACCUGUUAAAUGUGUGCGAUGCUAAUCGAGAUGGCCGUGUUGAUUACCAGGAAUUCCGACGCUACAUGGACGAUAAGGAGCUUGAACUCUACCGCAUAUUCCAAGCCAUUGAUGUCGAACACAAUGGUUGCAUUUUACCAGAAGAGCUCUGGGAUGCACUUGUUCGGGCAGGGAUUGAAAUUAAUGAUGAGGAACUUGCCCGUUUUGUUGAUCGUGUGGAUAAGGAUAACAAUGGGGUUAUAACUUUUGAAGAAUGGAGAGAUUUUCUUCUACUCUAUCCUCAUGAGGCUACUAUUGAGAACAUCUAUCAUUACUGGGAAAGAGUAUGCCUUGUUGAUAUUGGGGAACAAACUGUAAUUCCGGAGGGCAUCAGUAAACAUGUUCAUGCGAGCAGAUAUUUGAUUGCAGGGGGUGUUGCUGGAGCAGCAUCUCGCACAGCAACUGCUCCUCUUGAUCGAUUAAAAGUUGUUUUGCAAGUACAGACAGCUCGAGCUCAUAUCAUGCCCGCAGUAAAGGAAAUAUGGAAGGAAGGUGGUCUCUUUGGAUUUUUCCGGGGCAAUGGAUUAAAUGUCCUGAAGGUGGCACCUGAAAGUGCUAUAAGGUUUUACAUGUUUGAAAUGCUGAAAAAGUUCAUAGCGAAUGCUAAAGGGGAAGAAAAGGCGGAUAUUGGUGCUUCGGGGCGCCUUUUAGCUGGAGGUAUGGCAGGUGCUGUGGCACAGACAGCCAUAUACCCGAUGGAUCUUGUGAAAACCCGUCUGCAAACUUAUACCUGCGAGAGUGGAAAAAUUCCCAAGUUGAGCACUCUCUCAAAGGAUAUAUGGGUUCAAGAGGGGCCCCGAGCCUUUUAUAAGGGCCUUGUUCCAUCUCUUCUUGGUAUCAUUCCGUAUGCUGGCAUAGAUCUUGCUGCCUAUGAGACCUUGAAAGAUCUGUCUAAAAAAUAUAUUCUCAUUGACAGUGGUAUGAUCUUCCUUAUUUGCAGUUUUAGAGUCUUAUUUUCUUUUGUUCAAUUUUGCUCCUGUUUGUUGCAUUUAUUUUGGGGUUUUGAACCUGUGUUUAUGUUGUAUGGUUAUUUAUUUUGUUAUUAUUAUUAUUAUUAUUUUUACAUUUUAUGUAGAUCCUGGUCCCCUUGUGCAACUGGGUUGUGGGACAGUAUCUGGAGCUCUUGGUGCGACAUGUGUUUAUCCAUUGCAGGUUGUCCGAACAAGGUACGUAGUAGCUGUUUAUCCAUCUUGCUUGUUUCCUGAGCUAGUUCAUUUCUUUCUUGCUUAUAUAGUUAUAUAAAUGAGGGUUAAGUCUAUUCCUGGAUUUCAGAAUGCAAGCCCAGCGUCCUAAUUCAGGUGCUUCUUAUAAGGGAAUGUCAGAUGUGUUCCAGAGAACCUUCCAACGCGAAGGGUUUAGGGGAUUUUAUAAAGGAUUAUUCCCUAACCUGCUCAAAGUUGUCCCUUCUGCAAGCAUUACGUAUAUGGUCUAUGAAAGCAUGAAAAAAAGCCUGGAUCUGGACUGAAGGGUUAUGCAGCUUCACCUGAUAGCUACUGGAUUGACAUGACUGACUCAUUGACAAAUGGGGGCGGAGUGGUAUUGUAUCAGUGAAGAUAAUGGCGAUAAGAAUAAGGAGACUAAUUGAAUUGAUUAUAAGAUUGCUUCAGUUAUAUUACAGAUAAAUUAUUGCAAGCUUUAGAUCACUUGCAAGGGCAAAGUAGGGCUCUUGAGCAGUGGUGGUUUUGACGCUUUUUCUUUUCCCUGUGAUUCAUAUGCAGUAUUAUAUUUUGUUGUAUGUGGAACAGCAACAUACAGGACACGAUUCACUUAGAAUCCGAUUUUGUAAUUCUUUUUAGUGGGUUAAAUCAGUUAUACUGGCUA